AUGCGGCUACAGCAGGAACUGCAGUCCCCCCGGUCCCUGAGCUCAGGAACUGGAGCUGAACCUGAACCCGUUACCCGUGGUGUCCAAGGUCAAGUGAAAGUCUGCAGUGGUCUGGAAGCUUCACCUCGGGGUCAGCAAAGACUGGAAGCAGUGCACCUGUUAUUCACCUGCUUCACUGGACCCGUCACUAUGAUGGUGGACACAGUGGAGGCUUCUGGGGGGACGACGGGGCAGAUGGAGCAUCCCCUGACCUCCGUGGAGAUAGCGGAGGAGGCGGAAGAUGCACCCGGCGUGACGGAGUCCAAACCCCGGACUGAGGAGACCCGCACAGGGCCCCAGUCCGCGUCUGUCUACUUGCCCGACGUGGAGACUGCGCUGCCUCUGUUCAAGAUGAAGAGGUUCCUAGUGCUCAGGCCCGGCACACUGACCCAGGCCAUCGCCGACGUCACCAGACUCGUGGACAAGCAGAUGGACGGCGGCGUCCUGGGAGUCUGGCUCAUGGCAGAAGUGGACCACUGGAACAACGAGAAGGAGCGUCUGGUGAUGGUGACCGAGCGCUCUCUCCUCGUCUUCAAGUACGACUUCCUCAUGUUCAACUGUGAGCAGGUGCAGAGGAUCCCCCUGCACUUUGUGGACCGCAUCGCCCACGGCAACUUCAUCUUCCCCAAACUCUCCGUGCAGAAGAGGGAGGGGGAGGGGGUGCGUGUGUUCUGGGACAGACAGAGGGAGCCCUCGUUCACAUCCAGGUGGAACCCCUUCGCCCUGGACCUGCCCUUCAUCACCUUCACGCUGCACCCCAUCAAUGCCCUGUGCUCCACCUACAACUCUCUCUGCAACGUCAUGGCGUUCCGGGACGUGCUGCUGGGCGGGGCGCAGAAGGCCAACGCAGAAAAGCCGAUCCCGGGGCGAGCUAAUGGCGUCCUGCUGCUGCACCAGCCGCUGCUCAUCGACGUGUACCUGGGACCCAUGGCCAGCUUCGGCAACGGGAACAAGCUGGGCUACUCCAUGGCCCGCGGAAACCUGGGCUUCUGA